CGCACGCGGCCGCCGCCCCGCCUGUGAGACUAGUGAGAGAGGAACUGCCCUCCCCUUCCCCACCCCACUCCCCCCCCCUCUCCCCGCGCGCAGCCAGCCCAGCCAGAGCCAGGAGGAGGAACAGGAGCAGCGCCGCGGGCGGAGCACGCGAGGUAUGGAUAGAUACCACAGGGUAGAGAAGCCUCGGAAUGACACUCCCAUCAGCCAGAAUGAGAUCAGAAUCACUACACAGGGGAGGAUGAGGAACUAUAUCAGCUAUGGGAUGUCGUUGCUCGAGGAAAAUGGCCAUGAUGAGAUUAGUAUCAAGGCUAUGGGACGUGCCAUAAAUAAGACAGUUUUGGUUGUGGAAUUGAUCAAGAGAAGAGUUGGAGGUCUUCAUCAGAAUACUGUUACUGAAUCUGUUGAUAUCACGGACACAUGGGAACCUUUGGAAGAAGGCCUUCUCCCACUAGAGACAACGCGCCAUGUAUCAAUGAUCACCGUGACCCUGUCCAAGAAACCUCUGGAUACAUCAUCUCCAGGGUACCAACCACCUAUCCCAGCUGAAGAGGUGAAACCUGCUUUUGACUAUGAUCAUGAAGAAUCCUACCCCCCUGGUCGUGGAAGAGGUCGUGGUGGUGGGAGAAGAGGCAGGGGAAGAGGAAUGAGUAAUGGCCCCCCUCCACCUGCUUAUGGCUACAAUGAAGAGUGGGAGGAGGAAGGAGAUUAUUACAACAGAGGGCGUGGGAGAGGGAGGUCGCGAGGUAGAGGAGGAAGGGGUCGUGGCUACUACGGAGGCGGCAGGCGUGGUGGCUACGGCUAUGACUAUGGCUAUGGAGGCAGGGGUGGGUACUACGAGGAGCAGGAUGAAUACUAUGACGAGCCUGAAGAAUAUGGCCCGCCCCCAGGCCGCGGUUUCACAGGGCGUGGCAGGGGAAGAAGGGGGGCGGCCCCCUGGCGCGGGCGUGGUGGCCGUGGGCCGCCACGUGGCGGCCGAGGAGGCUACUACUAGCCGAGAAGUGCGACAUGCCAAAGUGGGUGUGCUCUGAAGCCGGCACUGAUGUGCGUGCUUUAGUUAUCGUUAGCGUUUGCUAUCCGUGUUCUUCUAUGGAGCUCCUGGACCGGAAUGGCCCAUAGGCCCUCGCUACUUUACUUCCUGCUGCUGUGCUGUGCCUGUGCCGACUCAUUGGGCAAGUUUUUGUGGCUCGCUCGUGGUUUUGUAGCUAGGUUAGCGAGUGAAGUUACACUCGGUAGCGCAGUGUUUCCCCUCCCAUCCAGACGACAUGAUGCGAGAUUGUUUAUUCUCCUGUUAAUCUGUCAUCUUAUUUCGUAUGGAUGCUGAAUGCAGAGAGUUUCAUGA